AUGAGGGGUUGUGCUGCUGGAUCAGAUGGCACAGGUGUUCCUCUUAGUUGUGACCUUGACGUUGAUGGAAACUUUGAAAGUGAAAUUCUUUCAGGAGUCGUGGUCAUAACAAGCAAGGACACAGUCCAGCACCAAGGUAUCUCAUUAACCAUGGAAGGAUCAGUAAAUCUGCAGCUUAGUGCCAAAAGUGUGGGUGUGUUUGAAGCUUUCUAUAACUCUGUCAAGCCUAUUCAAAUUAUUAACAGCACUAUUGAAAUGGUAAAACCAGGGAAACUUCCCAGUGGCAAGACAGAAAUUCCGUUUGAAUUUCCAUUGCAUAUGAAGGGGAACAAAGUUCUGUAUGAGACGUAUCAUGGUGUCUUUGUUAAUAUUCAGUAUACCCUACGGUGUGAUAUGCGACGGUCUCUGCUGGCAAAAGACCUAACUAAGACUUGUGAAUUCAUUGUCCACUCACUGUCACAGAAAGGGAAACUGAUGCCAAGCCCAGUAGACUUCACAAUUACUCCUGAAACUUUGCAAAAUGUUAAAGAGAGAGCCUCACUUCCAAAAUUUCUCAUCAAAGGUCAUCUCAGUUCUACGAACUGUGUCAUUACGCAGCCACUAACAGGGGAGCUGGUGGUGGAGAGUGCAGAGGCUGCAGUCAAAAGCAUUGAGCUGCAGUUGGUACGGGUGGAAACCUGUGGGUGUGCAGAAGGUUACGCCAGAGAUGCCACAGAGAUACAGAAUAUUCAGAUUGCUGAUGGGGAUGUCUGCAGGGGCCUACCAAUCCCUAUAUACAUGGUGUUCCCCAGGUUGUUCACCUGCCCUACCCUGGAAACAACAAACUUCAAAGUCGAGUUUGAAGUUAACAUUGUUGUCCUUCUGCAUGAUGAUCAUCUCAUCACAGAGAACUUCCCCCUGAAGCUCUGCAGGAUGUAGAUAAAGAAGCACUUAAGGAUUUACUGAAAAAGGACAAAAUUCUUCAGAGGCAAAGUGAAAUUUUAUCCGUGUCUUAUUUCAACUGAAAACACAUCACUUCCCUCUUCUUGCUGGUCGUUCUUGUGCUUUCAGUUCUCUAUGAAUCUUGCCAAGGCUUUGCCUGCCUU